UACAUCCAAACACUCCAAGAGGUUGGAAUCCAAGACAGACUAAUUAAGAACAACAUCAAUGGGGAGAAGCCCUUGUUGUGCAAAGGAAGGCUUGAAUAGAGGUGCUUGGACAACUCAUGAAGACAAAAUCCUCACUGAAUACAUUAAGCUCCAUGGUGAAGGAAAAUGGAGAAACCUUCCAAAAAGAGCAGGCUUAAAAAGAUGUGGGAAAAGUUGUAGACUUAGAUGGUUGAAUUAUCUAAGACCAGAUAUCAAGCGAGGUAAUAUAUCCUCGGAUGAAGAAGAACUUAUCAUCCGACUUCACAAACUACUCGGAAACAGAUGGUCUCUAAUAGCCGGAAGACUUCCAGGGCGAACAGACAAUGAAAUAAAGAAUUACUGGAACACAAAUUUAGGAAAAAAAGUUAAGGAUCUUAAUCAACAAAACACCAACAAUUCUUCUCCUACUAAACCCUCUACUCAACCAAAAAAUGCAAAGAUCAAACAGAAACAGAUCAAUCCUAAGCCAAUGAAGCCAAACUCAAAUGUUGUCCGUACAAAAGCUACUAAGUGUUCUAAGGUAUUGUUCAUAAACUCACCCCCCAACUCAUCAUCACCAAUGCAUAAUUUGCAGAACAAAGCUGAGGCAGAGACAACAACAAAGCCAUCAAAGCCAUCAAUGCUGGUUGAUGGUGUGGCUAGUGAUUCUAUGAGUAACAACGAAAUGGAACGCGGUGAUGGAUUUUUGUCAUUUCGUGAUGAAGAGAAAGAACUAUCCGCAGAUUUGCUAGACGAUUUUAACAUUGCGGAUGAUAUUUGCUUAUCUGAACUUCUAAACUCCGAUUUCUCAAAUGCGUGCAAUUUCGAUUACAAUGAUCUAUUGUCGCCUUGUUCGGACCAAACUCAAAUGUUCUCUGAUGAUGAAAUUCUCAAAAACUGGACACAAUGUAACUUUGCUUAUGAGACAAAUGUGUCCAACAAUCUUCAUUCUUUUGCUUCCUUUCUUGAAUCCAGCGAGGAAGUACUAGGAGAAUGAUAAUAAAAAUUCAUUUUCCAAUAAAAUUAACUACUCUAGGCUUCUUUUUUUUAUUUUUAUUUUUAUUUCAAUUUCAUGUUAGUGUCUUUUGAUAAAUAAAUAUAUUCCAUGGUUUAAUAUUGAUAGCUCUUGUAUUUAGUACCAAAAACAAAAAUAAUAAAAAAAAAGGCAUGAUGAUCAAUCUAAA